CUUCUCUUUCAUCUCUCACUCACUCUCUCAACUACUCUCUCCUCUCAUCUCCUCUCCAUUUCCAUCUCCAUCUCGUAUCCAUCUACACUCCAUCCGCAACAACAUUACCCCUCUCCAACAUCAUGGACCACCACGGUCACAUGGCGAUCCACACCGCCCCGACCUCCCCAGACUCAAAGGCAAAUUCGCCGUCUGGGGGUGACUUCAAGCCAAAGCUUCGCGUCGUCGAGCGCGGAAGUCAAGCAUGCAACGAGUGUCGUCGCCACAAGAUCCGCUGCCAUCCUGCUCCCGACGACCCCGAUCAUCACAAGGCUUGUGUCCGCUGCGUUCGCAUGCAGCUCGACUGCGUCUUCAAAAAGCAUAAUCGCGGUCGCAAGCGCAAGAAUCCGGUUGGCUCUCCCGAACGCACCCUCCUGUCCGGUGUCAGCCGGUUCUCCUUUAUGGCUGGUGACCAGCAUCCAGACAUGGGCGGCCCUGGCCCUUCGCGACUGCCACAGCCUGUACCGCCCAACUCUUCGCUGCGCAGCAUGGUCAUGGCGGAUGGGUGGGACGGCGAGGACGAGGACGAUGGGUAUUCUGAAACCAGCGUAGUCCGGCUCCCGCCUCGUCCGGAGCCUCCUCGCAACCGCGAGUACGUCGAGCGCUCUCCUCGGUUUGAGAUGCGCGAUCUGAAAGCGCCUGGUAGUAGUGGUGGUGGUGGUGGGGGUGGGGGUGGGGGCGGUGGGUUACAGAGUGCAGCCAACGGUAGUCGUGGAGCGGAAGAGCCUGUCGCGACUGGCCUUAUCACUCUGGAGGAGGGCAGAACAUUCUUUGACAUCUUCGUCAAGCACUUCAAUAGAGCGAUGGCGAUCAUCGACCCUGUGAUACAUUCACAUGACUACGUGCGCCAACAGUCUCCUUUCCUGUACACCGUCAUAAUGUGCAUCGGCUCGCGUUACCUGGAUCAAGUUGGACGAGAGCCGGAGGCCAUCGCGCAUAAUGAAGUCCACCAGCAGAUUGUCGUCAUGGCCAAUAACCAGCUCUUGUGGGCAUUCGCCGACGCUUCUUGCAGAGUGGACAUUGUUCAAGCAAUCGUUGCCAUGACCUUGUGGAAGGAGCCUGAGGAUGACAAGGCGACAUUCUAUUUCAAUCGCGCGGUAGUUCUCGCGCAGGAAUUGAGACUCGGUGAAAUUCCGCCCCCUCAGAUACUUGAGCGGAUGCCCGAGCCGGAACGUCGGGAACUUCGUCAUCGGCAACGUCUUUGGAUGACGUUGUUCUCGACCAGCUCCAUUUUCCAUAUGCAGUUCCGCCAACCAAUGCUGAUUCCGACAACGGAUCCGCUGAUUACUAUCAAUCAAUUCUGGCUAAAGCAAGCGUUCCCUGAGAACAUCAUGGCAGACACAUGGGUUGUCUUCAGCGUCGACCUUCGCAGGCGCUAUCUACAGUACCGCGAGCGGCUGAACGACCCAGUGCCAAACCCCCUCGUUUUGUCAGCUAUCACCAAAACGCUGAACGAGGAGUGGUCCACCAUGCUCGAGGCUUGGAUCAACGAGAUUCUCCAGGUCGGCGGCUACCCUUCAAUUGUCAACAAACCCCGUGUGUGGUACGCGUCGCUGGCUCUCAAUCUCAAUAUGACGAUUCUCACCCAAACGCUCCGCAUUCCUCCCAGCGAGCGUGUCCCUCCGCCUCCGCCUGGGCCCCGUCGACUCCAGCUGAGGAGCAUCCCAGCCUUCCAUUACUGUCUGGCUGCUGCGACGACAGUCCUUCUUCGCUUCAACGACCUUGACAAGGACCAACUCACUUACGGCUCCGACACGCUUCUCCACUUUGCGCUGUACGCAUCCACGUUCCUGUGGACACUGUGCCGCAACCCGGAGCUGUACGAUUUCGAUCAGGGGGAGAUCGAACACACGCGUGGAAUCAUUAAUAGUGUUGCGGACGGCCUGGACAGUGCAAGCGCCUACCCCGGCUCUUCGCCUGCUUUGCAUGCCCGCUACCUGCGCCGCCUCGUGCGCACGAACUACGUCCAGGGAUCCUACGAGGAGGCCGGUGGUGAAGCGGCCAGUGCUACCGACCGUGAGGGUCUGAUGGCGCCAGCCGUCGGGUUUGAGAACCAAUACGUUGGGCCGAUUCCUGCCCCUGGCCAGACGCCCGCCACCGCCAUGGGUGAAGUCGAUUUCCUUCUCGGUGACUUCCCUUGGCACGCACAGUGGGCUGGCCCAGGCAGCGCGCCGCAGGUUGACCCGGCGCUCUAUGGGCAGGGAGGCGGCCCUCCGAUGACGGUGCAGCAGGAAGGCUCGGGAUACGCGAAUGGUGCGCGUCGGCCAUCGCCAACUCUGCCCAUGCACAGUGCUCACGCGUAGAGCAUGCGACGUCGUAACCGAUGCAGGCGGUGCGCGCUCCUUCCAUGGGCAAUUGGGGUGCUGCCUCCUUCGUAGACCAGACGUUGACAGAGAUGUAGUAGUGUCUACCAAUGCAUUGCAAUGCACUGGGUUGCCG